AUGACUCUUCUACGACGUUUCCGGACGCUCAAAACUACUGAGCCUUCAGAGCCCCGAGAUUCUAUAGGGGAAAUAGGGCUAACACUGAUUGCGAAGCCGAGAGAGGACACAAAAGUGGAGGCACCUCUACCUGCAUCGCCCAAGUUAAUCCUCUCUAGUGUCGUAUUUGUCCACGGCUUUUUAGGCCACCCGAAGAAGACAUGGGCUGCUCCAGGUGACAGAACCACUCCGCCAACUUACUGGCCUCGAGAAAAGGUCCCCCAAAGUCUACCUCAGGCUCGAGUAUGGGCGUUUGGCUACGAUACCAAGCUAAGUCACCCUCUCCGGUCCGGCAGCCAAAAUACAGUCUAUGGAGAGGGCAAAGAACUAGUGGCUAUUUUGGACGAUGUACGGCGCGGUAAUGAGAAGCUGCUGCCCAUCAUCUUCGUGGCACAUAGCUUAGGAGGCAUUGUGGUCAAACAAGCGCUGCGAUACUCCGAGAAAUGCAAGGAGCAUCAGGCGAACCAGAGUCUUGGCCUGGCAAAUCCUAAUACGAUAGCCACGCUGCUCCCCAACUCGGCCGAGCUCGAACAGUUGCGUGACGAGUUUCUCCCCAUGGCGCGCAAGAAGCAAUGGUCGAUUACUUCAUUCCAGGAACAAAGAGGAGUCCCGUUCCUCAAUGGAAGACUCGUCGCCGAUCAAGUUUCCUCAUGCCUGGGUGAUAGGGAUGUUGAGAGAACCAGGGCAAUUGACAAGAACCACAUGGAAAUGUGCAAAUUCUCCGCCGAGGAUCCUGAAUACGGAAAAGUUGACCAGACCCUGAGAUAUACGUGGGAAACCUUCACCAGCAAGUCCGCGCAGGUAAACACGGUUGCUCCGCCCGGAAGAAUCACUCCAUUCGUUCAGACUAAUCAAUUGGAAAGGAUCACGGAAGAACAGAAGAAGCGGUUCCUCUCUACUUUGAGGUGGCCGGAGAUGAACUCCAGAGAGAACUCUAUUGAAAGUCCGUCUUUGGACACAGUUCAGUGGAUAUUCGGCGAAAAUUUGAAAGAAUCCGACGUAAGGAAGUCGUUUCGGCAGUGGCUUCAAUCGGCAGAUGCUCUGUUUUGGAUUCGCGGAAAAGCAGGCUCUGGAAAGAGCACCCUUAUGAAGUUUUUAGUUCAUGAAAAACGAACUAUGAAGCACCUAGUCGUCUGGAACCCUUCUGUACGAAUUCUUCAUUUCUUCUUCAUCGAAGUAGGCACCAGCCCGCUACAGCGCCAGAUAGAAGGAUGUUUGAGGUCUUUACUAUAUCAGCUACUGAUCGCUGACGGUGUAAUGCUCGAAAACAUCCUCCGAAGUCAACCAUCCUUGAGACAAAAGGCAUCUGAACAUGACUGGUCCAUAGAAGAUCUCCAGAGGACUCUCAUUAAUGCCCUUCGGAUGUCCAAAACUACUUUUUGUUUAUUCAUUGAUGAGAUCAAAAAUGAUUCUCAAUUUUCAGCAGCUGAAGCGCUGUUAGCGUUGGCACAUACGCAAGGUGUCAAGGUCUGCGUAUCGAGUCGCGAGGAGAACUCUCUCUCAGCUCUGAGUUUGUAUCCAUCGCUGCGCAUUCAAGAUUUGACGUACGGCGGCAUAAAUGCAUACAUACGCGAGAAACUGCAUCCUUCUCUCACAGAGCUGCAUGAACUACAAAACGGUGUAGCCUCCCAGAAAGUGCGGGAUAUGGUCAAUACUCUGACUGUGAAAUCGGAUGGGGUCUUCUUGUGGGCCGUCAUGGCCGUUGAAAAUAUUCUGCAGGGCAUAAGAGACGGUGACUCGUUUCAAAUUCUCCGUAAAGGGACCGAUGAAUUCGCCCCUAGCCUUGAUGCUUUGUAUCAGCAGAUGUGGUCCAGACGCAACGAUAACAACCCAAAACAGCAACGAGAGUCUGCUGAACUGUUCUGGCUGAUGCUAAACUCAAGGGAAUUGCAAUGGUGGCCACGCUGGUUCAUUGGUAACCUUUUUUCUACAAAUAUUCACCUGCGUCAAGCUUUUGAGGACUUCAUUCAAAGUAAAAGGACACCAACGAAACAAUACGUACAGGCGUUGAUGCAAGAACAUCAAAAGUGGUUGUUGGCGAGGAGCGCUGGUCUGAUCGAGAUCACAUCGAGGAGCCUGACCCAAGCAUCGAACGACUCGACGUUCUUUACGCCCGGCAAUUACACGGUUCGAUUCAUACAUAGAUCCGUGCGCGAGUUUCUAUUAAGUACACCUUCCGGACGGGCCAUACUUGAUCGCGACACUAGAACCUCCCAGGAAAAAUGGUCAAACAUGUUACGCGGAUUAAAGACUACGGUUAUGUUCACGGGAGUUUGCAGGAUUCUUCCUUGUCAAGGAUUCUUGGAGGGUUCAACAUCACUGCCGAGACACCCCAGAUCCGGGGCUUUUGACUUUUUCACCAAGGUCUUGCCAUCCCACGUCAUCCGGGGUCAUAUUAGCGAUGACGAUGAAUUGAGACUGUUGAACGAGCUGGAAUACGCGACCCAUGCUAUGUCAGGAUCUCUAGAGUUACAGUGGAUUCUGCUCGUAUGCGCGGCAACGUACGGCUCAUGGAAGUACGUGUCACAGAAAAAUGGACAACGGCUCGAGAACUUGGCCGACGCCGACAAAACCCAGCUCUUGUUCGCUGCGUGUGCCAAUUGGAGGAACGUUAUCACUAAUAUCAUACCUGAUGAGGAAAGCUGGGGCAAAGCAACCCUAGACUGCUCGGAAGAGCUGAUACACCUCAAACCAUUUCUGAGGGCUGUCCACUGCAUCAGAUAUGUUCUCAGCGCUGGCGCCGAUGCGAAUGCUACUUUCAGCACCGACGGGCCCGAAAAAAAUACCACUCCCUUCUGCUGCAUGUUAAGAGAAAUACUGCACGCUAGUCUUGAAAUCGAGUUUACUCACAAGGACGGCACAUACAUGGAGUCGCCGCGCGUUGUGGAGCUGGGGCGGUUCUACUCGGAAGUAGGGAGUUUCAUUGACUUUUGGACGGAACACCAGGCAGACCUCAGUGGACGUGUUAUUCUGCGUACAGGAGGUUGCGACAAAAUAUGGAAAAGACUUGCGAUUGUCAGUUGGACAUUCGAUUUUCAGAUACCCGUUGUCUGGAUUGUGGAGUACAUGCGAAGGCGCAGGGCCUUCUGGACCGCGCCAUGGCAAAAGUCCACAAGCUCAGGGGCUGAUAACAGACCAUGUUCAAUCAAAUGCAUUGCAAUGGGCAGGUUCAGGAUGACAAAGAAGAAAUUCAACACGACAGAGAACGAUGUUGGACUGAGGCUAGGGGCGGCGUUUGAGGAGCUUCUCUUGAGGCCUUGGCAAAAUCAGAAUGGCUGGCUCUUCCGGGUCUUGAUUCUCAACUACAUAGAGGGAAAAGCAAUACGAUUACGCGAGAGAAGCUAUCCAUUACCGCCCCGUCUUGGAAUAAGAUUAUAG